UGCUAGAAUACAGAAUUGUAAGAAAUUUGAUUGCCCAGCUCAACUUAUCAUAACAGAAUACUUAGAAUUUCCAGAAUAUAAACUUAUAUUGGAUACUGUCAGAAAUAGAAAAGCAAAAUCAAAAGAGCUACGAUAUGCGAUAAUGUUAUCUAAGAAAAAAAUCUAUCAAAUCAGAAAAUUUUGUGUUGCAGUACCAGAUAUUUAAGCACACAAUGGUCAUAUAAUUACCAAGGAUGCUGGUAUAACUCAGAGAAUUGACCCUGAACUGGUAUCUGCUAUUGACAUGUAUGUUAAGGAAGGUGUAUUGAGCACAAAAGAAAUGAAGCGCUUAUUAAAAAUCCAAGUGAAAAACAGUUUCAGUAAAGCCGGUCAUAUUCUACCAGAAUUCUCAAAUAAAAGAUUUUAUCCCCGUAAUUCCACUAUCCACAAUCACAUAACAAUUUCUAGACGAAAAUUAAGUAAAUCUCUUAUUGAUCAAGAAUGUCUUCAGUCAAAAAUUAAGGAAUGGAGAGCAUUAGAUCCUACUAUAAGUAUAUUCUUUAGACCUAAAGGGCAUUUUGAAAAAGACCUUACUGUAGACAGUGACCAUGAAGAUGAUAAUGUGAAACUAACAGGUGCAAGUGAAACCUCUUUGCUCUUUGUCUAUCAAAAUAAAUGGCAGAAGAGGCUGUUAGCUAAAUAUGGUAAUGAACUAGUUUUAUUGGAUGCAACAUAUCGUACCACACGUUAUGCAUUGCCGCUUUUCUUUUUUGUGGUAAAAACCAAUAUUGAUUAUCAAGUGGUUGGAUUAUUUGUAUGUGAAAACGAAACUGAGGAUUCAAUCAGUGAGGCUCUUUUGUAUAUUAAGUCUUGGAAUAAUGACUUAAAUCCAAAGUAUGGAAUGUCAGACUAUUGUGUUGAAGAGAAGGUUUUUGUCGGUAAGUAACUUUAAGUUUUACUUUUCCUAUUUCUCAAACUAUAGAAUUAAUACAUUUUCUUUAAACCACAUUAAUGGCAAAAAAAAGUGCUGUUUUACCAUGAACAUCACUAAACCUCUGUGCAUCUCUUUAAUAUUACCUUAUUUACAAGAACUAACGAGUGUGUGAAAACAAGUACAGUUUGUCAUAAUAAUAUAUAAUAAAUAUGAAAAGCAAUAAUUUAUAUUAUUUUUAGAAGAAAAAAAUUUGAUA